CUACGCCGCGAUCGCAACCGAACCCAAAGCUCUCCCCCCUUCUACCCAUCUCACCGCCGCACCGACCAAAGCCCUAACGCCCGCAGCGCGGCGCGGCGAGCGGGGGACAGCGAGAGCCAUGGCGGCGGUGGUGGCGACGCAGCAGCAGCAGCGCAAGUACCAGUGGGGCGAGCUCGCGGACGAUGACGGCGCCAGCGAUCUCGGCCUCGUCCUCCUCCUCCCGCCGCGGGUCGUCGUCGGGCCCGACGCGGGCGGCCUCCGGACGGUGAUCGAGUACCGCUUCGACGACGAGGGCAACAAGGUCAAGGUCGUCACCACCACCCGCACCUGCAGCCUCCUCGCGCGCGCGCGCCUCUCCAGGAGCGCCGUCGAGCGCCGCUCGUGGGCCAAGUUCGGCGACGCCGUCAAGGGGGACGACGCCGGCUCGCGCCUCACCAUGGUCUCCACCGAAGAGGUCCUCCUCGAGCGCCCACGAGCCCGAGGGAAAAGGGCCGAGGAACCAUGUACUUCUGAUGAUCCACUGGAUAUGGCAAGUACAAGAAGUGGCAUUCUCAUGGUUUGCCGAACAUGUGGGAAAAAGGGUGAUCAUUGGACCUCGAAGUGCCCCUACAAGGACCUUUCUCCACAGACCCAAGGUCCUGUCGACGUUCCUUCUACUGCCGAUGGCCUGGCAGCACCACUUGGUACUGGUGUGCGAGCAUAUGUUCCUCCAAACAAGAAAGAAGGUACUGAUACAAGUGGAGCAAGCAUGAUGAAGAGAAGGAAUGAUGAAAACUCUAUCCGUGUGAACAAUCUCUCAGAGGACACCAGUGAGUUCGACCUCUUUGAGCUCUUCUCCAAGUUUGGCCCUGUAAACCGUGCCUUCGUAGCAAAGGACAGAAGGACUGGAUCAAGCAGGGGCUUUGGCUUUGUCAACUUCGUUCAUAGAGAGGAUGGUGAGAGGGCUAUCAGCAAGCUCAAUGGGUAUGGUUAUGAUAACCUUAUCCUCCGAGUUGAGUGGUCAGAAAAGAAGAACUAGAUUUUGCUUCUACUUACCUACUAGCCUGGCAUAUAUUCACUGAAGUGUUUACCAGUAUAAUACGGUCGGAAAUAGUACCGUGGUAUGCGCAUAUCCUGCGUUCUGAACUUGUGCCGGUUAUUUUGUUUGAACGAGAUAGUUGUAUGUCCCUGGUGUAUUUUGUGCCCGCCACUUUCGAAUGGGUAUAUUGGAGAAUGGAUGAAUUUCUUAUGCUGUAAUUUGUCUAGAGCAUUUCCAGAGUUGGAUAAUGGAUGAGUUUUGGAUGUCGUAGUUUGUCUA